AUGGCAAACGCCGCCCAAGGCGCGAUUACAGCGCUGCAAACGGCUGGAGAAUAUGCCAUCAAGCCGUCAAAUGCACAACCUACACUCGACACGUCGCAGUGGCCGCUGUUGCUCAAAAACUAUGACAAGCUGCUCGUCCGCACCAGCCAUUUUACGCCCAUCCCCGUCGGAUGCAGUCCACUCCGACGAGAUAUCCAGAGUUAUGUGCGGUCUGGUGUGAUUAAUCUUGAUAAACCAUCGAAUCCUUCAUCGCACGAAGUCGUCGCUUGGAUGCGUCGAAUCCUCAAAGUCAACAAGACGGGCCACAGCGGCACGCUCGAUCCAAAGGUUACUGGUUGUCUGAUUGUGUGCGUGGAUCGUGCGACACGCCUCGUCAAGUCGCAGCAAGGCGCAGGCAAAGAAUACGUUUGUGUUAUACGAUUGCAUUCUGGACUAUCGGAUCCUACAGCCCUCGGACGCGCACUCGAGACGCUCACUGGUGCGCUCUUCCAACGACCACCCCUCAUCUCGGCCGUCAAGCGUCAACUACGAGUACGAACAAUCUACUCUUCCAAACUCCUCGAAUACGAUAACGACCGUCACCUCGGCGUGUUCUGGGUAUCGUGCGAAGCAGGAACCUACAUCCGUACGCUCUGCGUCCAUUUGGGCCUCCUCCUGGGUGUCGGCGCACACAUGCAAGAACUCCGACGCGUACGAAGUGGAGCGUUGAGUGAAAAUGACGACAUUGUCACGAUGCACGACGUCUUGGAUGCGCAGUACCUCUUCGAGCACUCUGGUGACGAAUCGUAUCUCCGACGGGUCAUUCGACCUCUCGAGAGCCUCCUUACGGGCUACAAGCGCAUCGUCGUCAAGGACAGCUCUGUCAAUGCCAUUUGCUACGGUGCCAAAUUCAUGAUCCCAGGUCUGCUCCGUUAUGAGAGUGGGAUCGAAGUUGGCGACGAGGUGGUGCUGAUGACAACAAAGGGAGAGGCGAUUGCAUUGGCUAUUGCGCAAAUGGCUAGCGCAGAUUUGGCCACGGCGGAUCAUGGCGUCGUGGCAAAGAUUAAGCGGUGUAUCAUGGAACGCGAUACGUAUCCGCGUAAGUGGGGACUAGGUCCACAGGCGAUGAAGAAGAAGAUGAUGGUCAAGGGUGGCGAGCUGGACAAGUAUGGUCGUGCAAUUGAAGGCGUGACGCCUCAGAAGUGGACAAAGGACUAUAUCGAUUAUUCCGAAGGUGGACAACGUGGUGGUGCAACGGUGGUGGAGACAUCCAAAAUGGAGGUCGUCGCGCCGGGGACGCUUGUUCCGCCUGUCGUUGAAGAGGCUGAUGGCGAUGGCGAGGCGGAGCCCAAGAAGAAGAAGCGCAAGGCCAACGAGGGAUCACCUGCGCCCGAAAAGGGCAAAGAGAAGAAGAAGCGCAAAAAGGAUCGCGACGCGAGUCCAUCUACUCCCACUGAGGGCUUGGCCGAGGCCGCAAAGGGUCUUGUCGAGGCUGGUGUGGAAAUGUUGACGGAUUCGAAAGAGGAGAAGAAGAAGAAGAAAAAGGAUAUGACAGAGGAGGAGCGAAAGGAGCGAAAGCGCGAGAAGAAGAGGCUCAAAGAGGCGGCGAUGGAGUCGUAA